GAGGCCUUGCUGAUGUUUUUUGAGGAGGACUUUGUGCCGCACGCGUAUCUCGAUGCGCUCUUUCAGGCGUCGCUCGACGAGUCGCCCGGAGCCGCGGCGACACCCGCGGGCUUGAAGAUGCUUCAAGCAAAGAGCACCGCGUUGAUCGCACACCUCGAGUUCUACUCCAACGAGUUGAACCGUGACUUGGAAACACAAAUCUCGGGCUUGACCACCUCUGCAAGCUCUGUCAUCUCCUACAACACCCAGGCUAAUGACUUGGUCGGCACUACGCGCUUGGAGUACUACCUCGAGACCAUGGCUAACGCUGUCUACACGCUCGGCGACAACAUGGCGGAGGUUGCGCGCACAAUCGCGGCAUUGGGCGAUGCAUCCCACUCUGCCGCCGACACGGACGUGUUGCGCCAGAUCACGCAGUUGCAGACCGCCAAGGCGAACAUGUUGUGCGUACAAAAUGUUUUUGCGGUGUUGCGCUCAAUCGUGGCGGAAAAC